CCCCAACCCCCUGUUACGCCCCUGCUGCCCGGAUGAUCCUGCUGUUCUGGGGAAAAAUGACUUUGUGAAUAGCACUGGAGUUGUCGUGUUGAUUCUGUGGUUCACUUCGCUUUUGUGGUGGCUAUUACCCCUCUAACGGCACCUCUUCCUAAACAUUUUCCAGUACCUGUGUGACGUGUCCACUCCGGUCCGGGGAUGCGGGAGUUUGCUGAUCUGCUGUGACGUCACCGACGCCGCUGAGAUCCAGAGCACGGGGGCAUCGCUCCCCAUCCGUUAGCAGGCUAGCACGCUAACGCCAGCUAUGCUCCAUCAAUAUUUUAUCUCAUUUUUUAACAUAAACAGCCGCUUGGAAUGAGCAGGGCAGCGCGUGGGCAUGAGGGUCGUUUUGGAGCUUCCACACUAACGGGGACUGCGAUGGUGCAAAGAAGCGAGUGAGCUUGCGUCACUGAUGCCAGGUGCAGGCUGUAGCUGAGAGCUCUCAGGAUGAGUGGGACAGGGGAGCACACGGACAUCCUGUCAGUGGCAGACGUGGUUAGAGACCGAUGGAAAGUGGUGAGGAAGAUAGGGGGAGGCGGGUUUGGGGAGAUCUACGAGGUUCUGGAUCAGCUGAGCCAGGCCAAUGUGGCCUUAAAAGUGGAGUCUGCUCAACAACCCAAACAAGUGCUGAAGAUGGAGGUGGCCGUGCUGAAGAAGCUCCAGGGCAAAGACCACGUGUGUCGCUUCGUGGGCUGCGGCCGAAAUGAUCGCUUCAAUUACGUGGUGAUGGAGCUCCAGGGGAGAAAUCUGGCAGAUUUGCGGAGAACCAUGAACCGCGGCACCUUUUCUGUCUCCACAACUCUGAGACUUGGCAAGCAGAUUUUAGAGGCGAUUGAAAGCAUCCAUUCUGUGGGCUUCCUGCACCGGGACAUUAAACCUUCUAACUUUGCCAUGGGAAGACUGGCCAGUACCUGCAGAUGCUGCUAUAUGCUGGAUUUUGGUUUGGCCCGGCAGUUCACUAACUCGAGCCAAGAAGUUCGUCCACCUCGUCCUGUGGCAGGUUUUAGAGGAACUGUGCGGUAUGCUUCAAUCAAUGCUCAUAAGAAUAAGGAAAUGGGUCGUCAUGAUGACCUGUGGUCCCUUUUUUAUAUGCUGGUUGAGUUCAUGGUCGGCCAGCUGCCCUGGAGGAAGAUUAAAGACAAAGAACAAGUUGGAAAUCUAAAAGAGACGUAUGACCACAGACUCAUGCUUAAACACCUUCCCUCAGAAUUUAGUACUUUCCUAGAUCAUAUCUUGACUUUGGACUACUAUACCAAGCCUGACUAUGAGCUCCUGAUGUCAGUGUUUGAGAAUGCAAUGAAGAGCCACAACGUGCUGGAAAAUGAUCCCUAUGACUGGGAGAAAUGUGAAUCAGAGGAUAUGCUAACCAUCACUGCCGCAGCAACCACUGCUCAGCAGCUCACUCGCCUCACGCCAGCUUACUUAGGCAUGGCCAACGCUUCAGUGCUGCCAGGCGAGCUUCAGCGGGAGAACACCGAGGAUGUCCUGCAAGGGGAGCGCCUCAGUGAUGCUGACAACUGCCCCCCCAUUCCCACACCAACCACCCAUGGUGGAGAUGUAUGGGAAGAGAUGGACCGCAAUCGAAACCAUAAACUCACCCAGCCAGUGAUCAGGAAGGUGGUGAGUGAAGAUGAAAACAGUCAGAACCAGGGCAACCAGAGCCCCAACACUGGCUCUAUGCAGAGCUCCCCUAGACGAGUGCGAUCAGAAACGAUGUUCCUGGAACGGGCCGCGCCGCUGCUAAGGAGAAUGAGACACAGUCAGAGCUUGGCGUUCGAAAAGAGACUUGCACCUGAACCUAAGCCGACCAUUGAGCGCUUUCUUGAGGCAUACCUGGGAAAACAGCGCCCUGUCCUUUCUCAAGUUGGAGAGAAAUCCAUUCCUGAGAGGGGACAAACAUCUUCUUUCAACGAGGAGCGCUCGGGGACAGCGACCCCAGACCCAGAUGAGGGCGCAGCGAGCAGUGGAUUUGUGGCUGUAAACCUCAGUCCUGUGCACCACGAGGGCGAUUCUCAGGAGUGGGUGAUGCUGGAGCUUGAGCAAGGCAGCGGUUGUGGAGGUAGCAGGCCUCUAGGUGAAGCUCUGCAUGGGAAACUGGGCCCCCACGUACCGGUCGACACUGAAAACCACCCUUUUGAGCCCCAGGAGGGCCAGUCCACUGCAGUGCCGGGGAGCCCCGUCCUGACGUCGAUGGCCAUGCCUGGCACAUGGUUGCUGGGCCACAGGAGGUUGCCAGGGAUGCUGGGACAAAUGCCCUCUGUCAUUAUGGCAAGACCCCAGAUUGAGCAGUCUUCCAGUGUUGUGCCACAGUCCCCUGCACAGGAGAAUGGUCCUGUCCCACUAGAUGGCCGAUCUGGUACAGAGGAAAUCUCAAAGAAUCAAGAGAGGUUGGACUUGGCUUCAAUGCAAAGCCUGAUGAAAGGACCCAAAGCUCAUCUAAUCAACGACAGAGACCCAGAGAGUGAUUCUGGUCUACCUGAUCGCUCCUCUGAGCCCAAUCAGCAGCCCCAACCUGACAUAGCAGGAGGUGCUCUGGAGAGCACAGUCACUGUCUCCUCCUCCCCACCCCCAGCUGUGCUCAGACGAAGAAACUCUCCCUCGUCUCCAAGAUUGAGCCGAAUUCCUGUACGAGACCCCAUUUCCCCCCGGGACUCUCCUAGCAGGGACUUUAAUAUGGAGAGGCGCCAUCGCUGGAGCAGUCCAGUCCCUGGCUCACCCACCCACUCACCUUCUCCAUCUCUGUCCUGCGACAACCUACCCUGCGCUCUACCAAGAGAUAAGCUCUCCGACUGUGUAGGGGAAGAUCCUCUCUCCCUGUCAUCCUCAUCUGGCAGCAAAAGCAAAAUCCCACGACCUGUCAGCGCCACCUUCAUUCCUGAACAGCUAACGAGCAGGUUUCUACCUAGACCGCCUCCUGGGAAACCUCCCAUUCGCCCUUGUGUGGAUAACAGACGAAGGAGGUUAAGGGUGCGUGCCAGCAGCACUAGUGAUGCAGACUUCCUGGCCAGUCUGACCCAGUUGAUGCAGGACCGCAGUGGGAUGCUCUUCAGCCCCCCUCCCCGUCCACGUAGCUCCUCAUCCUCCCUUCAGCGCUCACUGAGCUCCUCCCCGUCCCGCCAGGAGCUUCGUGAUGUUGGGGCACUGCAGGGACGGAGCCGGUCUCCAUCGAGCCUGUCUGGCUCCCCUCCUCCUCGGCAUGUUCACCCACAGGACAGAUCCAGUGGGCAGGGUCAGUGGGGUCACGGGUCCAGGGGAAGGGGACUGGUCCAUGAGGGGAAAGGCUCUGGGAAAGGGGUUCGAUGACUGUAUUCAGUGUAAGUGACUGAUAGGGAUCGUACAGCUGUACAAAGAGUCGCAUGUGUACAUAUGGUAUUUACUCAAGGGAAUGUACUGUAUGUAAUGUAAAAUGUAUGAUAAAUUGUAUUUAUUUAUUUAUUUGUGGGGACGUGUCUCUUAAAAUACUUGACCAUGUGGCUUGAUACCUGCAGUUGAAACAAAAAGGAUGGGAUUGCCAACUCUUACCUCUCAUUUCACUCCUCUCUGAACACUACACGUAGGCCUAAUAUAAGACCAAAAAGAUAUGGUUUCAUACUCUAGGGAUGUAAAAUUGAUGCUAAAUGUAAAUAUGUACCUUUAGGAUGAUGCUAAAAACUAAUAGAAACCAUGUACUCACACUAUAACACUAUUAGCAAAUAUCAUUAGAAACACUAUACCAGCAUCACCAUUCAUGUAUAGAGUCAGGGCAUGCAGUCCCAUAUUGACCUCACUCCUGUAAAAGCGCUGGGUUAAUGAUAGUACAGAACGAGUUGCUCAUUUUGGCAGAUCACUGUGUAAUCGUGCGCUUUUAGUUUGCUAGAAAAUAUUUGUCAUGCAAGAAGCAUCAGCAUAUUGGAAUGUAAAUCUAAGUGCACUCAUAACACAAGGAUUGAAAAUGUGCAUGAAUAUCAUUGUAAAUGAUUUUUUAUAUUAAUUUGUACGAUUAGUUGAAACAUCUGUAUUUUUAUUGCUUCUGAUCUGUGUGAUGACAGAACUUUAAUCAUGCGCAUUUUUAAAAAAUGGCAAUAGGACGAAAGCUCAUAAAAAUCUUUUCAUCA